AUUCAAAAUCUUAAAAUAUAAAAAGAUGGAGAAAAUCAAUAAAUCUGACCUUACAAGCUCAACUCCUGAAACAUUAAAUAUUGAACAACUCAUUGAGAAAGCAGGUGGUUUUGGUAGACUGCAGUGGAUAAUGCUCCUAUAUGCAGUAAUUGCCAAACAAGGUGCUAGCUUCUUCAUGUACAAUUUGGCCUAUCUAGAGCUAGUCCCAAGACUAGAGUGCUACUAUAUAUAGAAAGUGAAUUUGUAGAGUGUGAAGUUGAAGAUAUUUGACAGGGAGGAGUUCUUAAAGACAGAGAUUUGUGGAGACCAGAUUACACAGAUAGUAAAAGUUUUAGGAAUUGGAUGACAGAUAUGGAGCUUUAUUGUUAUAGUGAAUUUAUGAUUGGACUAAUUGGUUCGAUUAUCUUUGUAGGCUUUGUUCUAAGUGGCAUUGUUCUUAAAGUCGGUGAUAGGUUCGGGAGAAAAUAAAACCAUCAUUUCUGGAGUUAUUAUUAAUAUGAUGGCAUGCUUUGUGCUUUAUUUCUGGAGAAAUUUGUAUGUUAUUUAUGUUGUGCUUUUAUUAUGAGGAGUUUUGCUGUACAAAAAUAUUUCAAUCUACAUUCUAACAAUUGAACUUAUUCCUACAAGGCAUCGGAUGAACACAAGCAGCUUGAUAAAUUCUGCAGAAGCUUUUUUAGUUUAUAUUCCAACUACUAUUUUCUUAUUGGCAGGAGGGAAAAAUAUGCAGCAUUUUCUAAUAGUUGGAUUGGUCUUGCCUGUAAUAUCAUUGAUUCCUUCUUUCUUAAUCCCAGAAUCUCCAAAGUAUUUAUUCGAAAAGGGAAUGUUUCCAGAAUUAAGAAAGACCUUAUCAUAUAUUUCAAGAUUUAAUGGAGCUCAAAUGGGUGAUUACAUUAUAGAAGGAGAGCAGGAUUGUGACUCUUCCAAAUUUUCUCAUGAAGAAAGUAGUGUAAAACUUGACAUGACGAUGCCAGACAAUUUCAAUGCGACCAAAGAGAAGAUAAAUAUUAGUAAAGUUCUUGAGGAAUACAACCCUAAUGAAGUCCACCAACCAUUACUAAAGAGUAUUCCGAAGGAAGAAUUCUCUGUGUGAAGAGAGCUAAAGCACAGAAGAACAUUACUUAACCUGAUAAGUAUUGUGAUAUGUUUCUGAAUUGCUUCUUUCAGCUAUUAUAUGGUCGGCAUCUUCUUAAAAUAUGUUGGAGCAAACUCUGUAUCAGAAAUAGCAGGGAACUUUGGAGGAGGAUUCAUACAGAACUAUAUUGGAACUAAGAAGACUCUGAUCACUUGAUUCUCUAUUUCUCUGAUAGCAAGUGUUCCAUUGCUCUUUGUAAAUAAUACUAUCUUGAUUGCUGUCUGAGUGUUUAUGGGAAAAUUCUUCCUUCAAGGAGCUUUUAAUGUAGUAUAUUUUGCUAGCCCUGAAGUAUUCCCACCUCUGUUUGUUUCAUUUUCUUUCAUGGUUUCUGGAAUUAUUUCAAGAAUGUUCACAAUAUUUGCACCACAAGUUGCAGAAGUGAAGCCAAGACAAGUGCCAAUAAUUAUCUUACUAGUUCUAUGAUUUAUAGGAAGUUUUGUUCCUAUUCUCUUAAAAGCAAGUAAGAAAUAAAUCAUGGAUGAGUUGAUAAA